AGAAAUAAAUGAGAAUGUACCAGUGAUUGAGUGAGCUUGGUACAAAAACAGAAACAGAAGCGGAUAGAGAAGCGGACGUAGCACAACCGAUUAUUAAUGUAACGGCAGCAGCUAAAAAAGUGUUUCAUGUAGGAAAGAUUAGUACAGAAGAAAAAGUGUAGUUUUUUCUCAAAGUUAAAUUAAAAAGUGAUAAGUUUAUCAAAAUUUCGAAAACCAGUGCUAUACAUAACCACAAAAUAUGCAAAAUAUUGCCCAUUGAGGCAGUGUGCAAAGGAGAAGAGUGUUAAAUCAGUGCUUGGCAAAGUGAAAGAUACCUAUAGUGAAAAAGGUCAAAGGAAUCGGCAGAGUAAAAGUAUAAUACAAAAGCGCAAAAAUGGGAUUGAACGGCUGUUGUUCGUGUGUAAAAUACUUGAUGGUGCUGAUAAACAUCUUAUUUUGGAUUAUUGGACUAAUCAUUGUGAUCAUCUCGGUGUGGAUGCUUACCGAUCCCUCGUUCGUGCUGUCGAUGACCCAAUCCUAUAAUCACUACUACAUUGCGUUGUAUGUCUUCCUUGGCAUUGGUGUGCUCAUCACGCUGGGCGGCUUCUUCGGCUGUUGUGGUGUCGUAAAGGAAUCGCAAUGUCUGCUUAUAUCGUUCUUCUGCGUAAUUCUGGUGGUGAUGGUGGCACAGAUUGCCGCCGGCGCAUGGGCAUUCCACAACAAAGACAAACUCGAUGACAUUGUACGCGCGUCGGUGAAGUAUUCGGUGCAGGAGGAAUAUGGCCAAUCAAGCAUGAGUUCGCGUACGGUCACUUUUGACAAUAUACAAAAGAAUUUGAAAUGUUGCGGUGCUGAUGGACCGGCCGAUUGGGCAACGAGCCGUUUCAACAAUGUCGAUCGCACAAAUAUCGUCGAUAUUGCCAUAUCAUCGAUGAAUGUGUUUUACAAUAUACCCGAAUCAUGUUGCAAAGACGAAUUGAAGGAGAAUGUGUGUGAGAUGUCGAGAAAAUUGAAAUUCGGUGGUUCGCUAAAUCAAGCAAUAUAUCAACAGGGUUGCGUUGACAAACUAAUUGAGCUAAUUUACGAGAAUUGGGUACUGAUCUUCGGCAUCACAGCGGGUGUGAUUCUAUUGGAAUUGUUGGCGUUGACUUUCUCAUUGAGCCUUUGCUGUGCGGUGCGCAAUCAACACUACAAAGCCUGAGAAUUACUGAAUUCCCAGCGGGAAAUAAAUGACGACGAAAAAUAUUAACAAACCAAACCGAAAAGAAGGAGGGCAAAGGCGUUCUAAUUCGUAACGAAACAAAUUAAAUAUGUGCAAGGCAAACGGAGAUAGAAAGAAGUUGAAGAAAAUGCGGAAUUAAAAAAUAAAAAAUCAUACAAGAAUGUAAGCACAUAAGUGCGAAGAAUAUGCGAUACGUGCAAUGUAGUGCAAAAAAAAUGAUAAUUAGUAAAAACACAUACAUCCAUACAUAAUUAAAUUAUUAAAAACAAAUAUUGAUGUAUGUACGAUUGUCUGCAGCGAAUCUCUGGCGAAUAAAAUUUCAUAGAAAAUAUGCCGGUAAAUGAUAUUUAAGAAGAAAAAGGAAUUUUCAUUUGUAUUUUCCAAACUUUUGUAAAACACAGUAAAUUUUUAAGCAAAACUUUGUAGAAAAAUGUGAAAACCUUCAUCUUCAUAAAACAAUAAUCAAAAUGCAUAUGCCACAUACAAACGAAAAAAAACCAAAAUAGUUAGUUAUAAUCGAAUGUUGUAAAGAAAAAGAGGAAAAAAGAAAUUGCAAAAUGCUCAUCACACCAUUUGCACUACCUUGUAUAAUUUACGGUAUAACUAUGAGAAUUUACAACUUUUAAGUACAUUACGAUGCCAAAUUUACGUUUUUGCAAGCACUAUAGGUAGCGUAAUUAUACAAAUAUGUUUGUGCACAAAUGAUUUACGCCAAUUGCACGAAAUCUACCAAGUUCGAGGUCUUCCGUUAGAACAGAAAUAUGUAUGAAUGUAUAUUUAAGUUUUUUUGCCAAAUGUAAAGAAAUAUAUAUUUAUUUAACAUUAAAUAAAAAUGUUUUGAGAAACGCUGAUUAAAACGCUUAGUACAGUGUGAAAUAAAAAUGUGGAGCGUUAAAUGAGUAUUUUUUUCCGUAGAGAAAAACUUCAAAAUAUAUUUUUCUCAAACUCAACCGCAAAUGUAGUUAGUUUGUCGAGAGAUUAUAUUUGCAUAAAAUAAAAAAUAAAUUAGAUGGAAAAAAAUUUAUGAUGAAAAUAAAAAUUACGCACAAUAUUCAAGCAAUGCUACAAUGUAGAACAAUAAAACCCUCAGUCUUAGUCGAAAUAAAAUAUACUUGAAACUGUGCAAAACUUUUGUUAUAGUUAACCAUUAAAAAGUAUGUCAAAUAAAUGUUAACAGUUUUAAACUUUUACUCAAAAAUUGUGUAUUUUUAGUUAUUGUAAAACAAAAAAAAUUACAAUUUUUUGUAGCACCAAAACCAAAUAAAAUUGUUUUUUAUUUUAAAAUUUUAAAACAAAAUUAAAAAUUUGAAGCUAAAUAUUGUGCCAUUCAAAUUAUUAUUUGUAUAAAAGUUAUUGUACGUAUAACUAAAAGUUAAAUUAGCUCUAAUCGUAUUCGUUAUAAAUUUAGUUAGUUUUGAUUAUUUUUGAUUUAAUAUUUCUUUUUAUUUUUACUUUUUUAUUUUUUUAUUGCUCACACUGUACAUUAUAAUCUGUAUAAUUUUAAAUAAUUUUUAAACAGCUCAUCUAUAAUUUAAGUCAGUUCAAUGUUUUGCGGUAUUGACAUUCCAUACACGAAAGCAAUUAGAGAUGGGUUGCGAAAGCUAAAAAGCAAUUUGUGCAUCUGUAAAAGGUUAACAUUAAAUGUGUCAUUUAUUUUUAAACAAGGUGCUUAUAAGACAAUCUAGGCAUUUCAAAAAGAACAGUUGUUGUUUUGUGCAAAGCGAGUUUCAAAUAUUUUAUUUAAAAAUAUUUUUAAAAACCUAAAAAUGUAUAAUGACAUGAAUAAAGAUUAUAAAUAUUAAGAAAUAUUUUUGAGAGAAUAAUAAUUUAGCGCUAAAAAGUGGCAUUCGAAUUUUUUUAAUUCAAAAUGCCAAGCUUUUUAAAUAAUAAUUCAAUUAAUUAUCAAAAACCGAGAUUAUUAAUGAAUAUCGUAAGAAAUAACCCAUCUCUAUUGCCUGAAAUUGAAACACUGGUGAUGUAGUUGAGUAUUUAAAGCUUUGCCAAACGAUGAUUGCUGUUAUAAUAUAUAUAUAUGUAUAUGUACUUACAUAUAAAGAGGCAAAUUAGAGAACAACAGCCCAACCUUUAACAAACUCUUGUCACAAACCUGAAGAGAAUGUCAAAAACACACAAAUUUAUAUUUUUGUAAUUUUAUUUCACACAACUUAAGUUUAUUAUUAAAAUUUCAUAAUUUUUUUGUACAAAAAUGUUAACAUACUUUUUAUGAACUUAAAAUGUUUAAUUCAUUUUAUUACACAUAAUUUAUGCAUAUUUUUUACGAAAGAAAUGAUUAACCUUACUUAACCGCCUAAGCCAACGUAGUCCGAAAUCAACAAGAAUUUUUAGUACCGAACACACCUUAAUAAAGCAAACAAAUUUUUUAUAAAUAUUUUAA